AUGUCUCAAGCAGUUGCGCGACUGGCCAACCUCAAGGUUGGCUCUGCGCAGUCCGAACCCAGUGGUGAUUUCGGUCUCAUCGGCCUUGCCGUCAUGGGCCAGAAUUUGAUUCUCAACGCUGCCGAUCAUGGCUUCACCGUGGUCGCCUUCAACCGAACCGUUUCCAAGGUCGACCGCUUCCUCGAGAACGAGGCAAAGGGCAAAUCCAUCGUUGGCUCCCACUCCAUCGAAGAGUUUGUCUCCAAGCUCAAGAAGCCCCGCCGUAUCAUGCUCUUGGUCAUGGCCGGCCCAGCCGUCGAUGAUUUCAUUGAGAAGCUGCUCCCAUUCGUCGAGAAGGGAGAUAUCAUCAUCGACGGUGGAAACUCCCACUACCCAGACAGCAACCGCCGAACCAAGUAUCUUGCUGAGAAGGGUCUCCGAUUCGUCGGAACCGGUGUUUCCGGUGGUGAGGAAGGUGCUCGUUAUGGUCCUUCUCUCAUGCCUGGUGGUAACGAGGAAGCUUGGCCUUUCAUCAAGGACGUCUUCCAGAGCAUUGCUGCCAAGUCUGAUGGUGAACCCUGCUGCGAUUGGGUCGGUGACGAGGGUGCUGGUCACUACGUCAAGAUGGUCCACAACGGUAUUGAAUAUGGUGACAUGCAGUUGAUCUGCGAGGCCUAUGAUGUUAUGAAGCGUGGUCUUGGUAUGAGCUACAAGGAGAUGGGUGACGUCUUUGCCGAAUGGAACAAGGGCGUCCUCGACUCCUUCUUGAUCGAGAUCACUCGUGAUGUCCUACGCUACAACGAUGAUGAUGGAACCCCACUUGUCGAGAAGAUUCUCGACUCUGCUGGUCAAAAGGGUACCGGUAAAUGGACUGCCAUCAACGCUCUCGACCUUGGUAUGCCUGUCACCUUGAUUGGUGAGGCUGUCUUCGCUCGUUGCUUGUCCUCUAUCAAGGAAGAGCGUGGUCGCGCUGCCAAGGUCCUUAAAGGACCCGAACCUAAAUUCACUGGAGACCGAGCUCAAUUCCUCAAGAACCUUGAGCAGGCUCUGUAUGCCUCCAAGAUCAUUUCAUAUGCUCAAGGUUUCAUGUUGAUGCAAACUGCCGCCAAGCAGUAUGGCUGGAAACUCAACAAGCCAUCCAUUGCUCUCAUGUGGCGUGGUGGUUGUAUCAUCCGAUCCGUCUUCUUGAAGGACAUCACUGCUGCUUACCGCGCUGAGCCCGAGUUGGAGAAUCUUCUGUUCAAUGACUUCUUCAACAAGGCCAUCCACAAUGCUCAAGACGGAUGGAGAGAUGUCGUAGCCUUCUCUGUCAAGGCCGGUAUCCCCACCCCUGCUUUCAGCACUGCCCUCGCCUUCUUCGACGGUUACCGCACCAAGGAUCUCCCUGCCAAUCUUCUCCAAGCUCAACGUGAUUACUUCGGUGCCCACACCUUCCAGGUCAAGCCCGAGUAUGUCAACGAUAAAUACAAGGCUGGUUCCUACACCCACGUCAACUGGACCGGUCGUGGAGGAAACAUCUCUGCUUCCCAGUAUAACGCAUAA